AUGAAGCCAGAAAGUUUUCGUCAUGAUAAAAUUAUUUCUAAAAGGUACUCGGGUCACGGGAAGUGUGCACAGUGUAAGCGUUAUAAUACUGCAAAAGUAUGGUGUCAGUCGUGUGAUCCAUUUAAAACUAUUAAAGGAUGGACUAGUGGAAAUAAUGAUAUUGAUGAUUUCAUUAAAGAAUUUCAGUUUAAAGCUACUAAAUAUGAAGACGUAAUUGAGUGGAUUCCAUUUAAUAAGUUAUCUGAAUUUCGAAGCAUUAGCGAAAAAGAAUUUCGGGCGCAUUGGUUAGAUGGAAUAAGAAAGAUUAAAAGAAAUAAACAAUCACGUACAUUAUCAUGUUCAGUCGAACUUAAAAAAUUUGAUGAUUUACAAGUUGGUGCAUUAGAAUUUAUAAGAAAUGAUAGUGAAAAUAAAAUAUAUGGAAUAACUCAACAUACAACUGGAGAAUAUAUGAUUGUAUUUGAUAAAUUCUCUUCUAUAAGGGAUAAUAUAAAUGGAAAGUGUGUACGAUGCAAGAGAUAUAAUACUUCAGAAGCAUGGUGCCAGUCGUGUGAUCCUUUUAAAACUACUCAAGGAUGGACUAGUGAAAAUAAUGAUAUUGAUGAUUGCAUUAAAGAAUUUCAGUUUAAAACUACUAAAUAUGAAGACGUAAUUGAGUGGAUUCCGUUCGAUAGGUUAUCUGAAUUUCAAAACAUUAACAAAAAAGAAUUUCGGGCGCAUUGGUUAGAUGGAAUAAGAAAGGUUAAAAUAAAUACACAAUCACGUACAUUGUCAUAUUCAGUCGAACUUAAGAAAUUUGAUGAUUUACAAGUUGAGGCAUUAGAAUUUAUAAGAAAUUUUAAAGAUUCUAUCCAAUCAAAGGAUAGUAAACAAAAAGUAUUCGGAAUAACUCAAGAUACAACUGGAGAAUAUAUGAUUGUAUUUGAUGAUUUUUAUUUUAUGAGAUAUGAGAUAUUUGGAGAAUGUGCACAAUGCAAGAGAUAUAAUACUUCAGAAGCAUGGUGUCUUUCAUGUGAUCCUUUUAAAGUUACUCAAGGAUGGACUAGCGAAAAUAAUGAUAUUGAUGAUUACAUUAAAGAAUGUCAGCUUAAAGCUAUUAAAUAUGAGGACGCAAUUGAAUGGAUUCCAUUCAAUAGGUUAUCUGAAUUUCGAAAAAUUGGUAAAAUAGAAUUUCGGGCUCAAUGGUUAGAUGGAAUACGAAAGGUCACAAAUAAUACUCAAUCUCGUACAUCAUCAUGUUCAGUCGAACUUAAGAAAUUAGAUGGUUUACAAGUUGAUGCAUUGGAAUUUAUAAGAAAUUUAAGAAAUUAUAUUCAAUCAGAGAAUAAAGUAUACGGAGUGACCCAAGAUACAACUGGUCAAUAUAUGGUUGUAUUUGAUUCUUUUUAUUUUAGAAGGAGUCGUGCACAUGGAAAAUGUGCACAAUGCGAAAGAUAUAAUACUUCAAAAGCCUGGUGUCAGUCGUGUAAUCCUUUUAAAACUAUUCAAGGAUGGACUAGUGGAAAUAAUGAUCUUGAUAAUUGCAUUAAAGAAUUUCAGCUUAAAGCUACUGAUUAUGAAAAUGUAAUUGAGUGGGUUCCAUUCAAUAGGCUAUCUGAAUUUCGAAACAUUAGCAAAACAAAAUUUCAGGCUUUAUGGUUAGAUGGAAUACGAAAGGUCAAAAAUAAUACACAAUCACGCACAUUAUCAUGUUCAGUCGAACUUAAGAAAUUAGAUGGUUUACAAGUUGAUGCAUUAGAAUUUAUAAGAAAUUUUAAAAAUUAUAUCCAAUCAGAGGAUAAAGUAUACGGAAUAACUCAAGAUACAACUGGCCAAUAUAUGAUUGUAUUUGAUGCUUUUUAUUCCAGAAGGAGUCGUGCACAAUGCGAGAUUAGUGCGCAUGGAGAAUGUGCACAAUACGAGGGUCGUGCACAUGGAGAAUGCGCACAAUGCGAGAGUCGUGCAUAUGGAGAAUGUGCACAAUGCGAGAGAUAUAAUACUUCAAAAGCCUGGUGUCAGUCGUGUGAUCCUUUUAAAACUACUCAAGGAUGGACUAGUGAAAAUAAUAAUAUCGAUAAUUUCAUAAAAGAACUUCAGCUUAAAGCUACUGAUCAUGAAAAUAUAAUUGAGUGGAUUCCAUUCAAUAGGCUAUCUGAAUUUAGAAACAUUGGAGAAACAGGAUUUAAGGUAUUAUGGUUAGAUGGAAUACGAAAGAUAAAAAAUAAUACACAAUCACGUACAUUAUCUUGUUCAGUCGAACUUAAGAAAUUUGACGGUUUACAAGUUGAUGCAUUAGAAUUUAUAAGAAAUUUUAAAAAUCGUAUCCUAUCAGAGGACAGCAAACAUAAAAUAUACGGAAUAACCAGGGAUACAACUGGUCAAUAUAUGAUUGUGUGUGAUGAUUUUUAUUCUAUAAGGUAUAAUAUAUAUGGAGAAUGUGCACAAUGCGAGAGAUAUAAUACUUCAGAAGCAUGGUGUCAGUCGUGUGACACUUUUAAAACUACUCAAGGAUGGACUAGUGGAAAUAAUGAUAUUGAUAAUUGUAUUAAAGAAUUUCAGCUUAAAACUAUUAAAUAUGAAAACGUAAUUGAAUGGAUUCCAUUUAAUAGAUUAUCUAACUUGCAAAAAGUUGAUGAAUCAAGAUUUCAGGCAUUAUGGUUAGAUGGAAUACGAAAGGUUAAAAAUAAUACACAAUCACGUACAUUAUGUUCAGUCGAACUUAAAAAAUUUGAUGGCUUACAAGUUGAUGCAUUAGAAUUUAUAAGAAAUGAUAGUAAACGUGAAGUAUAUGGAAUAACACAAGAUACAACGACCAGUCAAUACAUGAUUGUACAUGAUUAUCCGGAUUAUAUAGUGAAUCGGGAAUAUGAAAAUUGUGCACGGUGCGGGAGUUAUAAUACUUCAUUAAUCUGGUGUCAAUUGUGUGAUCCUUUUAAAGUCACUCAAGGAUGGACUAGUGGAAAUAAUGAAAUCGAUGAUUGCAUUAAAGAAUUUCAACUAAAAGCUACUGAAUAUGAGAAUAUAAUUGAGUGGAUUCCAUUUGAUAAGUUGUCUAACUUGCAAAAAAUUGGAGAAUCAAAAUUUCAGGCAUUAUGGUCAGAUGGAAUACGAAAUGUUAAAGACAAUAAGCAGUCGCGUAUAUUCCCAUAUGUAGUCGAACUUCGGACAUUUGGAAGAUCUCAACUUAAUACAACAGAAUUUAUAGAAAAAUUUAAAAAUCAUAUGCAAUUAAAGGAUAAUAAACAUAAAAUGCAUGGGAUAACUCAAGAUAAGACAACUGGUCAAUACAUGAUUGCAUUUGAUGAUUUUCAUUAUAUAAGAAAUAAGUUAUAUGGCAAAUGUGCUCAAUGCAAUCGUUAUAACACUUCAUUUUUCUGGUGUCAAUCAUGUGAUCCUUUUAAAAUAACUAAAGGAUGGACCAGUGGAAAUAGUGAUAUCGAUGAUUGCAUUAAAGAAUUUCAACUUAAUGCUACUAGACAUGAAGAUGUUAUUGAGUGGAUUCCUUUUAAUAGAUUAAUUAAUUUACGCAAGAUUGGAGAGACAAGAUUGAUUGCAAUAUGGCUAGAUGGAAUACGAAAGGUCGAAAAUAAUGCACAAUCACGUUCGUCUUCACACAUAGUAGAACUUAAGUCAUCAGACAAUCCUCAAAUAAACGCAUUAGAUUUUAUAGGAAAAUUUAAGAACCAGAACAAAGAACAUAAAGUAUAUGGGGUAACUCAAGAUACCUCAACACAAUAUAUGGUUGUAGUUAAUUUUAAUUCUGUAGGAAAUAAGAAGUUCGGUACAUGCAGAUGGGGUGAACAUUAUAAUACUUCAAGAGCAUGGUGUCAAUUAUGUGAUCCUUUUAGAAUAACUCAAGGAUGGACAAGCGAAAAUAUCAAUAUUGACAAUUGUAUUAAAGAGUUUCAAUCUAUAGCCACCGAGUACGAUGAAGUGAUAGAAUGGAUUCCUUUUAGUAGAUUGAGUAAUAUACAAGAGAUCGGAAAAGGGGGAUUUGGAUGCGUUUAUUCCGCAAUCUGGUUAGAUGGAAAACGAAAAAUCAUAAACAACGGCAAGGAAUUUAUACAGUCACGUACACAACCUUAUACCGUCGCACUUAAAACCUUGCCCUGUUCUCCAACGAGUACUGCUGAAUUUUUAAGAGAAUUUAAAAAUCAUAUGCAAUGUAGGUUAAUGGGUAGUAGCCUAGAAGUAUAUGGGUUAACCAAAAAUACGACUACAAAUGAAUGUAUGAUGGUUCUUCAAUAUGCCAAUAAUGAAAUAACUAUUGGAAUGCCACCGUUUGAUGAUUAUAUAUUUAAAGGUGAUCUUGCAUUAGAAAUUUUAGACGGAUUACGACCAAAUUUUGCUCCAGGAACUCCUGAUUUCUAUGUUGAUUUUGCAAAACUAUGCAUGAAUUCUGAUCCACAAGAACGGCCUACGGCUAAAGUUAUUUUUCAAAAGCUUGAAAAAUGGUAUGGUUUUAUAGAAGAGCUUGAUGAAAUUGAAAUUGACGAAGAUAACAUAAAUGUGGUAGAGCUCGACGAACUUGAUGAACCAGAAAAAAUAGAAAUAAGCAAUAAAUUUUGGGAAUCCGAUGAAAUAGCCAAACAGUUACCCGUAACUAUGCAGAAACAUCAAGAUGACGCAUAUACAAGCCAAUUUAUCGAUACUGAUGAUAUUUCUCAACGAUACAAAUUACGUAAAAACAAUAAUAUCUCUCAGCGGCAUUAUGAAUCAGUUAAUAUUAGCACAG